AGUGACGAUUAAAGAUGGCUGCGCCCAUGUAAUACUGCUGGAGGCGGCUGACCUUUUACCGCCCUCGUCACCUGGUUGCUGCAGUGGCAGGGUGGGCAAGAAGACUAUGCUGGGCCGGACCCUCCGAGAAGUUUCUGCGGCACUGAAACAAGGCCAAAUUACUCCAACUGAGCUCUGUCAAAAAUGUCUCUCCCUUAUCAAGAAAACCAAGUUUCUAAAUGCUUACAUUUCUGUAUCAGAAGAAGUGGCCUUAAAGCAAGCUGAAGAAUCAGAGAAGAGAUAUAAGAAAGGUCACUCACUUGGAGAUUUAGAUGGAAUUCCUAUUGCAGUAAAAGACAACUUUAGCACUUCUGGCAUUGAGACAACAUGUGCAUCAAAUAUGCUGAAAGGUUAUGUACCACCUUAUAAUGCUACAGUAGUUCAGAAGUUGUUGGAUCAGGGAGCUCUACUAAUGGGAAAAACAAAUUUAGAUGAGUUUGCUAUGGGAUCUGGAAGCACAGAUGGCAUAUUUGGACCGGUUAAAAACCCCUGGAGUUAUUCAAAACAAUAUAAGGAAAAGAGAAAACAGAAACCCCAGGCUGAGAAUGAGGAUUCAAAUUGGGUUAUAACUGGAGGAAGCUCAGGAGGGAGUGCAGCGGCAGUGUCAGCGUUCACAUGCUUUGCGGCUUUAGGAUCAGAUACAGGAGGAUCGACCAGAAAUCCAGCUGCCCAUUGUGGGCUUGUUGGCUUAAAACCAAGCUAUGGCUUAGUUUCUCGUCAUGGUCUCAUUCCCCUCGUGAAUUCAAUGGAUGUGCCAGGAAUCCUAACCAGAUGUGUGGAUGACGCAGCAAUUGUGCUGGGUAUGCUGGCUGGGCAUGACCCCAAAGAUUCUACCACAAUACAAGAUCCUGUUAAACCAUUUGUUCUUCCCAAUUUGACAAAUAUGAGCAAACUAUGUAUAGGAAUUCCAAAGGAAUAUCUUGUACCAGAAUUAUCAAGUGAAGUACAAUCACUUUGGUCCCGAGCUGCUGACCUCUUUGAGUCUGAGGGGGCCAGGGUAAUUGAAGUAUCUCUGCCCCAUACCAGUUAUUCCAUUGUUUGCUACCAUGUGUUAUGCACAUCAGAAGUGGCAUCGAAUAUGGCAAGAUUUGAUGGACUAGAAUAUGGUCACAGAUGUGACAUUGAUGUGUCUACUGAAGCCAUGUAUGCUGCAACCAGACGAGAAGGGUUCAAUGAUGUGGUGAGAGGGAGAAUUCUCUCUGGAAACUUUUUUUUAUUGAAAGAAAAUUACAAGAAUUAUUUUGUCAAAGCACAGAAAGUAAGACGACUCAUUGCUAAUGAUUUUAUGAAUGUCUUUAACUCUGGAGUGGAUGUCCUCCUCACCCCCACCACUUUAAGUGAGGCAGUGCCAUACGUGGAGUUCAUCAAAGAAGACAACAGAACACGAAGUGCCCAGGAUGACAUUUUCACACAGGCUGUAAAUAUGGCAGGAUUGCCAGCAGUGAAUGUCCCGAUGGCCCUCUCCAGCCAAGGGUUGCCAAUAGGACUGCAGUUUAUUGGGCAAGCAUUUUGUGACCAGCAGCUUCUUACAAUUGCCAAAUGGUUUGAAAAACAAGUACAGUUUCCUGUUAUUCAGCUUCAAGAAUUAACGGAUGAUUAUUCAUCAGUCAUUGAAAAUGAAAAGUUAGCUUGCAUUUCUCUAAAACAGUAGUAAUGCAUAGUAAUGAGCAAAUCGUGCAAGUUAAAAUAAUUUUAGAGAUUUUAUAUUCUAGAAAAGUCAAAUGAUCUUGCAGAAUUCUUGUAAUUGGGUUCAUUGGCAGCAGUCAUUCCUUAGAAUCACUUUUUAAAAUUCUUGUCAUGUAGUUAAUUAAUUAUAAAUAACCUGUCAGCAAUUAUUCAGUAUCCACCAAAUGCAAAGUACAGGAUUCCUACCAUAACACAAGUACAUAUUCCUGAAGAAUGAUGCAAUCUUCAAAAGAUAUUCCUUAAAAAGAACAGAACUUAUGCUAAAAAUAAGCUUAAGGACAAAUUCCUCAAAACUUGUAUAUCUUUGUGACCAAAAUACUAACAAAAACAAUAAUUGUUACCUACAGAGACUACCUGGGUGGCCAGGCAACUCACCAUGGUGGAGGCUGCCCCAGGAUGUGUUAAAAGUGUACAAAAAUAAUCAAACAGGAAUAUUCACAUCUUAGUGCUAAGUACAGCAGAUGGAAGAGGAGCUAUAAGAACAGGAGGAAGUGUGACCUGCCAGAACCAGAGUCACACAAGUCUUGGGGUAUGCCUCUCUGAGGUGGAGUUCCAGGUUCAGGAGCUCUUUUUCAUUUCUUUUAAAAUAGAACUGCAAUGACAGUACACUUUUUACCUUUCCUGCUAAAGGUUAAAAUAUUACUUCUACUGUUACAGAGCUGCAUAAUAAGGAAACACAACAAUUUCAUGUUACACUCAUUUCACUCUCUGAUCACAAUUGAACUCAUUGAUAGCCAAGAAACAUUAGUUGUAACUUAACAGACCAUAUUGGAUUUGAUGGAACAUGCUUUUAGUGAGCAAGUUUCAAGAUACACAAGUCACAUCCAGUAUGAAAAACUUGUAGGUAAUUUGGUAAAGGUGUCAGAGAGCGAGGAGGUCAUGGCAGAGACCCCCCCUUAUCCCAGAUUCUCUUUUCCUUAUGAUCUGCCUCUGACCUUCUUUAUGAGUACUCCCUUUUGGGCUCCUUGAGUCCAAAGAAACAUUCAUGGGAAUCUGUAUUCAAAAUUGAAAAAAAUCCAGUGACCAUCAUAUAUUUACCCACUAUAAAGUUUCUUUAUUGGGUUUCUUGGUCUUUGCCAGAACACCAUUCUGAUUUGGCACUUUUACUUAGUCGAUAAGUAAAAGUAGGAAGUUGACCUGUAAUUUAAUAAAUUAAGAAAAGAACAUCUUUUCUAAAUGUGAAUUUCCUGAGGAGAAAAUAUAAAAAGCAGAGCCAUUGGAAGAACCACUGAAAUGUACCACAGUUGCAAUUUUAACUUGCCUCUUAUUUUUCAUUAAUAGUUUUCUUUCCUUCUUAGGAGCCUCCCUCUCACAGAUACUCAAUCUCAUGAACUUCACAUAAAAGUUUUAUGUGCCAGACCCACUAGUAUUAUAAAUUUUGACUCUGUAUUCCUGAAGGAGUAAGAAAUUCAUUAGAGAGAAUUGCAUUACUUUAUUAUAAGAGAAAUCCAUCUUGAUUGAAGGGGCUAGUAUGAUGUUAAAAUCUAGCAAAUAUAUCUUUGCUCUAGUCUUUUUUUAUGUGUGUAUAACUUGAAAUAAAAAUUUUUUUCAAAGAA